AUGGAGAAAGGAGGAGGAAAAGGGUUUUCUCUUCCCACCAAAGAGCCUAAAUCUUCUCUUAAGUCUUGUAAUUGGAGCAAGGGAAAGGGAGGCAAUAUGGCAAAUGGUGGAAAAAGUCCAAUGCCAAAAGAACCACCUCCAAUUGAGCUGAAAAUUGAGCCAGGCAUAACUCCCGCAGAAUGCCAAACCCAUGAUGGAUUGCGAGGCUGCACAAAUCUUACAAGGAGUCCAGGACCAGAUGGUUCUACUGUCUCAAGAUCCAACUAUCAAACUUCCUGUGUGAGUAACAUGUACAAAGCUUCUGUUCUCAAGCCAUUUGACAAGGGUUUGCAGUAUGCUAAGACUGGUGCCCGUUAUACAAAUCCUCAGUCUGUUAGACGAGUUCUUGAGGCUCUGAGAAAAUAUGGUGUCUCUGAUGGCGAGAUAUGUCUGAUUGCUAAUGUCUUUCCUGAAACUGCUGAUGAAGCUUUUGCACUUGUCCCAUCUUUGAAGGUGAGGGGGAGAUCCUUGGUCAGAUAUCUCCUCUUUGCUGCUAGAGCUGGUGGCCAGGUUUGCCGAAUGCAGAUUCCUCUUUCUGAGGGAAAUGGAGAUGGGGAUGGCAAUGCUUUGACGGAUGGAGCUUUACAGAAGCAAGGUUCCUUGGCAAUGCUUGUUCCAGCUUCGGUCUCUGGCCUUUUGAGUGAUUGCGCGAUCUUGUUGCCAAAUGGAUUGCUGUUCUUUCUCAAGAACUGGCACAAGUAA